AUGUCAUCCUUCGAUGCUGCCCUAGACAUUCUUAGAAGACUUGAUCCGACCAAAAUCGAAGAGAACCUGGGUCAAUUGAUCAAAUUGGACCCAGAUCUUGCUGAAGAUCUACUGGCAUCCGUGGACACACCGUUGCAGAUAAAAAAAGACCCUCACGCUUCGCAAAAGGAGUUCCUGACAUGCGACUACAACCGUGACAUCGACUCACACAGGUCUCCGUGGUCCAAUCGAUAUGUGGCCGAAUUGUCACCCGAAGAUCUCGCGGAAUCGCCGUUCCCAACGGAAUCGGUGCGACGCACUGAGGAGCUCGCCAAUGAAUCGUUCGACAUCUACAGAGACCUGUACUAUGAAGGAGGCGUCUCGUCGGUUUACUUGUGGGACUUGGGCGACGACACGGACGAUUUCGCCGGCGUGGUGUUGCUGAAAAAGGGCUCCCAGAGUAAAAGCUCGUGGGAUGCCAUCCACGUAUUCGAAGCGCUUCAAAACGAAGGCUUGUCCCAUUGGAACUACAGGGUCACCACCACGAUCAUUCUGCACUUGGAAAACUCGAGUCGCGAAAUGCGCCUCUCGGGCAACUUGACCCGUCAGACGGAAAAAGACGUUGCGCGGCCCGCAUCUGUUGUAGAGGGCUCCGACGCCCUCCGGGUGUGGCACAUUGCCAACCUAGGCGCCCUAGUCGAAGAAGUCGAGUCCCAAAUGCGCAUCCAGCUCGAGGUGGUGUACUUCGACAAGACACGUGACAUCUUCCGUGAACUAAGAGAUCAAACACAAGCGUCCGGCGCAAGCUCCCGGACUGCUCACCAAGAGGUAGUCAAGGGUCUCCAGGGAAUGUAA